AUGUCCUCAUCAACCACUUCUUACAAUUCCACCUCAAAUACCCCUUGUACACCUAAGAACAAAGCGCUCACUCGCUCCUCCUCAACCUCCUCAACAUCAUCAAGCACCUCAACACACACUUAUCAGUUCAGCCCCAAACCACUAACACUCAUGCGCUCUUUUUCUGCAUCCUCCACAUCAUCUGCAUCCUCAUAUCAAUCACGAACCUCACAGCCUUCAUCACCAUUCCUCGAACUUCCUUCCAGAUAUGAGUCUCGUCAUCCUAGCGAAUUGCUCUAUAGAAGAAUACCAGAUAGUCCCAAACCCCAUUAUUUCUACGAACGACCUGGGUUUUUUAUUCCGAAGAGAUUAGCGCCUAAAGCGCCGGGUUCGCCCAGGGCGAAGGUGCUUUUUGUCGACGAGAUGGGUAUGAGAGACGAGGAAGAUGAUUGA